AUGCUUCCCUCACUCCGCAGCCCUCGGCAGCCCUCGCACCGCGCGGACCUGGACGCCCGCCGCGCCUUAUCGCGUCCGGCCGACCUGCCCGCCGCCUCCGACGCCAAUCGCAUGCGCACGGCUGCUGCUCUCGCUCCUGCUCCCCGCGAUGACUCGCAUGCGCACGCCCAUGCGCCCGCCGCCGGCGCUUUUGCCUCUGCCCUGAAACAGGAUCAGCCCUCCCCCGCCGAGACGGACUCGCGGCCACUCGCGGCCAAUGGCCUCCCGGAUCACCAGCAGGACUCGAGCAGCACCUCCCAGGACACCUCGACGACGACGACGGACCAGGCCGACCGCGUCUUCACCCCGCCCGUGAGCGAAGGCAGCAUGAGCGCCGGGAACGGCAACGACCACGACUCGAACCAGGGCUCCCAAUUGCUCAAGCUGUCCCAGCUCGCCGCCGCCCAGGAAAAGAUGCCCAACCUCGACGAGGCCCUCGCCGCCGGCUCGCGCAAGAGGAUGGCCGACGGCAUGGUCAAGCACGCGCGCAACCCCUCGAGCGCGUCGCCCACCUUUGCCGGCGGCCACUCGCGCAAUACCAGCUCCGUCAGCGUCGCUUCCACCUCGGGCAGCCGCAUUGGAGAGCUCUCGGCAGAACUCAAGUCCAAGCUCUCGUAUGCCAUGCUCAAGGUCAACCACGGCUGGCAGCACCACUCGAUCGACCAGGUCGAGUCCCUGGCCUCGCACGCCGCCUCUCCCACCUCGACCACUUCGACCAUUCCCGGUCGCCACCGUUCCUCCGCCAGCCCUCGCCUGUCCCUGGCGUCCCCGCAGUCCAGCAACGGCAGCACGCCGCCCAGUGCUACCACGCGCCAUUUCCCCAGCCAUGGCGACCACUCGUGGCGCGACGGGCCCCAUAGGACGGGCCACGCCGUGACUGCCGCCCCCAGCCUCGCGCCGCCGGCCUCCAUCCAGCCGUCCAGACACGCCCUCAGCAGCCGGCGCAACUCCAACCCGCGCUACACGCCCGCUUUCCUCUCGGCAGCCGCGCAGAACGCCAGCCCUCGCACGCCAGGGCAGCCGCACUCGGCGCAGAGCACGCCUCACCAGCGGCACGUCCCCAGCCCCAUGAUGGACCCCAUCGUCUUCUCGCCGCACCAGAACGUGCGGGAGCAGGACGCCAUCGAGUCCCUGCUCUUCAUGAGCAGCCCCGGCAACUCGGCCAACAUGAAGCACACCUUCCCCACGUCGUCGUCACAGCCCCUGAUGCCCACGCACCGCCAAGGGAACGGCGCCUCGGUCACGUCGAGUCCGCAGCGCACUGCGCUGCCUGGGUCCGCGCCCCGCAAGAGCCUGCCGAGCGGGCGGCCGUCGCAUCAGCACUCGGCCUCGCAGCCGGCGACCCUGAAGAGGGUCGGGUUCGACAAGUCGACGCUCGGCGCCGACGAGAUGGACGUGGACAACGUGUACGCCACGCCGCGACAGAGGGCCGCCAACGGAGGCCGGGCGAGUUUCGGGGAGACCACGCCCAGGCCGAAGGUGUCUCUCUCAACACCGCUUGGCCUCGGCGGGUCGUCGAGGCCGCGGCCGUCCGUGGGCGACGAGGAGAUCGAGCGGAUGCUGGACAGGGUGGCCGCGGCGGCGGACGACUCGUCGGAUUCGGAGAGCGAGAUCGAGAUCCCCGUGCGGCGAGGGCCCGGGGAGCAGCAGAGGGAGACGGUGAGCAUGUGA